AGCUACAGCAUUUGAAACGUCUUAAAACAAAACGCAGUGCUUGUAACAGCACCGACCGCUCAGAGACAUUGUAUUAUGGAUUCCAUAGGUGCCACCGCCAUGGUAGACGAGGACAACGAAUAUCCGAACGGUGAUACCCUUUCCACCGACGAAGAACCCCAAACCGAUAUCGAAACCGGAGCAUCGCUUUUGCCACAACCUCAAACUCUGGAUACGGGAGGCACGGAUGAAGGCAUUGCCAGAGUCAUCCAUCCCGAUGGCAACGAGGAAAAUGGCGGCGGCGACGAACCCAGCGAAGACGGAGACGAAAUCACCACUCUCCCCGUUGUGAAGGAUAUUGAAUCGAAACAGGCUCGUCGUGCAUACAACCAGUAUCUUGUGACCAAGCUAAUGGCCGUUGGGAGCGUUGGCGGGGGCAUCACCACGCAACCAGAAAUAAAUACUCCAAGCAAGGGCUCCAAAACCGCAUCGAUCAUUUCCACCAUUCAACAAACCAGACAGCAAUAUAUCAAUAAUUUUGGAAACACGGGUGUCAAAAAGACGUCAUUCAGUGUCGGUGAUAAGGUACUCGUAAAUAGGCAAAUCAUGAACAUUGCCAACAAUGUCACGGUGCCCCGGUGGAAGAAACGACACAUGGUAAACAAAUCCGGAUUUCCAGAAACGCAGGGCCGGACCCCACAAGAGAAAACCGGACCCUUUAUUUACGUGGCCUGCGAGGUGAAGACUGUUCCUUCCGACGAGAACGAGCCUUAUUUCACUGUCGAGCGAUACGAUACGGGCCAGAGGCAGCGCGUCCAGAUCGACUGGGGCAUGAUCCUCCUUGAGGAUCCUUUGGCCAUUAAGGCAGCGAUUUCUGCCGCCCGAAUGACCGAGGCCGGUCUGGGCGUUUCCUCGCUAAGUAGGGAGAGCACCCACGAGAAUGUUUCCUGCACGGACCGGAUGAUCUUCUACUACAGGGGCACGGUGGUUCCAUUGUGCAGGCGGACCAAGAGAGCCGGUAAGGCUUGUCUCGUGAAUCUCCUCCAUGGGAAUGAUCCCUUUUCAUGUAAAAUCCGGUUCACGGGGAUCAAUUUGUUGGUCAUGUGCAGCACUGUGUUUUUGUUUCUGGAGGUCGCACAGCUGGCCUUCCUACCGGCUGACACGGACGAUAUAUGUGCGGCCAUUGGGACGUAAGUUUGUGCAAUCUUGAAAAACAAAUUGGAUGAUUCUGUGCAUCGAAACUAAUCCUUCGUUUUUCUUUUGUUGGAUGCAACAGAGCAAUCUGGGUCGUCCUGGUGCUGGAACUGGUUUUCGAGGUUCUCAUAAGGCCAAAAGAUUAUAAGCAGCUCAUUGAGUCGGACAAAGCCUUUCGACCCUCCACAGCGCGAUACAUUCACAAAUUUUACAUCGUGGGGGAAGCCAUUGCCCUUGUAACGUACAUCCCCGAAAUCUUUUGCCUUAAUUAUACGACGGAUGUGUGCGGGGUUAUUUUUCCAGAUGGGCGCUUCGCGCUACCGGAAGCUUCCGCAGACGCCGUGCUGGGGCCCACUCGCAGGGAUUCGAUUGUAGGGAGGCUUGUUAUGGGAUUGAUGGGCUUUCGGUUCUUUGGUGUAAUCCGACACUGGAAACAGAUGCUAAUCAACCAAACGUUCCAGCCCGCAGAGCGACAGGGAAUCGAAAAGUGGAUUAUACCAUACGAUCCAAGCAACAGGAGGAUGAGGAUGAGGCGGAGGAAGAUGGACAAAAAGGAAGAUGUAAGUUGUUGUCGGCCAAUUCGUUUCUUUUGGGACUAGCGAUAUGAUUUUUUAUUACCCCAAAAAAAUGGUUUGUGAAACUUAUUUCUCUCUCAUGACUUUCUCUCACAUAAUGACAAACACACGACUCGCCCGGCGACACCACACAUUGUGCAUUCAGGACGACGAAACUGUUGACAGUGAAUUCGAUGACGACGAUUUGGACUCCGACAAAUACCACGAAAAUCAAAGGCUAAAAAGUGCAGCAAAUAUUGGAACGGCUCUGAUAUCGGUCAACUGUCAGCGGGUGUUGAUUCUGAUGAUAUUAUCGGUGCUCGUCCUCCCGCUAUUUUAUUCUAUUUCUCACCAAAAUAAUGUGUCGGACAAUAUGGCAAAGCUGUUACAAUCACAAAAUCUCGUGUCCACGGAUGGUAUCCGACGAUGCGACUAUUUGGAAACAGCCAUUGAUUCCUGGCUGAACAUGGCAAUUGUGAAUCAACCGAACAUACCCGAUCAAGAAACCACGUAUAUCUUAUGGGCACAAGUUCUGCCGGUUCGGUGUCCCUUCCAGAAUGAGAACGGUGUCAUAACGUCUUGCACCAAAAAUGGAAUGAAGUAUCGAGAGCAAUAUCCGGAAAGUUGCAAAAUAUGGGACAACUCAAAUCCACCUCAACUCAUUCACGGCAAUGAUCAAGCCGUUCGGAAUUAUUUUGCCAAGAAGCUAAAUAUACGUGGGAAUGGAAUUUAUGUGAGGUCGAGACCUGAAAAAGCAGAUGCAUUUCAGUUCGACGCUCUUAACGAUUUCAACAUCACCGUCGUUUUCAAUCAAAAUCCAACGAUCAAACGUGCCAAUAUAUUUCAGUUCUUCCUGUUGUUGAUAACUUUCUUUCUCGGUCUUGCGUUCUUGGUUAUUGUACAGAAUGGUGUAAACUAUCUCGCGUUGGAACCUAUACAGCGCAUGCUGAGAAUUGUGUUGCGCUAUGCCGAGGAUCCCCUUUGGAUCGACGUUAGGAAAAGGAAAAAGGACAACGACUUGGACGACAUUGGUAGUUUCGAAACCGAGCAUCUCCUUGACGCGAUUACGAAGAUUUCGGAUUUACUGCGAAAGUGCUGGGGGGUGGCUGGUGCCGGGAUUAUUUCCUCGAAUCUUGGUCGAGAGAAGUACGGACAGGUGGCCAUCUUCAAUCCAACCGUUCCAGGGAAACAAGUUUACGCCCUGUUCGGCUUUGUGACCAUCUGUGGAUACAGCGACCUGCUGAAAAAUCUAGAUAGCGACGUGAUGAUUCUCAUCAACGACGUUGCAAAGGUGGUUCACGACGAGGUGUAUCGCUGGGCACUGGGCGAACACGGCCAGUGCAACAAAAACCUUGGUCCUUGCUUUUUGAUGGUUUGGCGUAUCGGCGACUUUAACGAGGUCCAGAAAAAGAACAAAGAAGCCAUCGAGAAGUUGUUUCGCGACAAGGUCUACAACACCAAUAGGAACUACCCCAGCCUGAGGCGACGAAACCGGUCCGUGCAUACGAGUCGCAGGAGGUCCACCCGGGCGACGACUCGUUCGGAUUCUACGACUGUCGGCAGCCAGGAAAUCCAGCUGGAAUCGCUGCCGGGCAUACAGGGGUUUACGGACCGGGCGCUGCUGGGGAUGCUAAAAUCCUUUGCCGGCAUCCACCGCGACCGAAGCCUGAAGGAGUGGAAGAAGGAUUUCCGCCUGAGCUCUAGCGUUGCGGCCUGUGAGGGGUACACCGUAGACGUUGUUUACGGGAUGGACGCCGGCUGGGCCGUCGAGGGCGCGGUGGGGAGCGAAUACAAGAUCGAUGCUACCUACUUGUCCCCCCACGUGAACAUGGCGUCCCGGAUGAUGGGUGCCGCGAAGCAGUACGGCGUCACGAUCCUCCUCAGCAAGGCGGUCGAGAAGCUCCUGUCGGGCGCCUGCCGCAAGAAACUCCGCCACCUCGAUUGCGUGUACGUCAAGGGAAGCGCGGUGAAGCAGGACAUCUACACCUACGACGCUCGCCACCAGGGGGUGGAUUUCUUCCUGCUGGAGCGUGCCCCCGAGCAGGCGGACCGGGAAUCGGAGGCCUACAACCAGAGCAUCUGGGACCGAGACCCCGACGUUCGGGCCAUGCGGCAGCACGUCUCGGACGAAUUCCUGGAAGCCUACCACGCCGGCGUGGACCAGUACCUGUCGGGCCGCUGGAGCGAGGCCUCCGAGUCCUUCCGCAGGGCCGACACCAUCAUGAUCCGGACGGUCGUGGAGGAGGGCUACAUCGAGCUGGACAUGGAGGACCUGGAGGACCGGAUCUUCGACGAGAACGACCUCGGGGAGGACAUUGUGGCGAUCCGGCGCGAGUUUGGCGACGGCGCCUGCCGAACGCUCUCGACCUACAUCGACCGGCGCAACGGGACGCCCCCGGACGACUGGGACGGGGUCCGCCAGCUCUUUAGCAAAUAAGGAGGCGGUGCCACGGUCACCCACCGGUCGGUCGCCUUUGGUGGGAAAGCAACAGCCCUUCUGCUGCGGAGCAGAGCGAAUCCUUCCGGUGAUAGGGUGGAUAGGUACAGUGCUUCUACUAAAUACUUCUACUCUUGUUCUUUUUCUUUUCGUAUCCAAGAAGAUACCGCACGUACUGUAGUACGUACUCGUACCGAUCCAUACCAAAGCAUGCCCAAUUCUGUUUUGGCGCGCAGGUUCGAGGAUCCGACUAGAGGAACGAUUUCUGGAUUCAUACCGCCUUCAUACCAUCGGCAUUGCCCACGAAACAAUCCAUGAAGGGCCUAUUCUCUAGCUAGUGGCCUUGGGCCUGUCGGAAGGGCCCUUCCUUUGUUUGUUGGUUGCAUACGGUACGUACCUUUCGGUUCGUACGUAGGGUAUGUUCCGAGUUAGAAGGUACUUCGGGUACGAGUUACCCGUACGACUUGCGGCGGCGUAUCAUUCCAAAUUCCAAAACAUGGAACAAAAGUAAGUACUCCUACGUACGAUGCAUACGAUACAAUAUGUUUCAGCGCCGCUAAGAGCAAAGAACUUCUUAGAGAGCGCCUCACACUUGUUCUCUCCGAUCUGUUGCAACUUCCAGACCCAGCACACGCCAUUGCGGUGGUAUGAGAUUCUCUACAAACUGCUAGUACAAAAUACUAGUAGGCAAAAAGCAUUGUGAGGCUACGUAUUCGAAACGAUAAAAAUACUGGAAGCGAACAAAUACUGUAAGAACAAUAAUAAAAAUAAUACCGCACG